GGCUGAAGUCUUCGGAUGCAGAAGAUGGUGAAAGUGACUGGGAGAGGUGAGUUUGUUAUUUUAAGAUUGGUAAAUUACAAGGCCGAUACUGAUUAUCAGAAAUAUGCCGAAUAUGGGCUUUAACAAUGGGUGGAAAGGAUAAUCGGUUGAUCCCUCCUAUAUGUAUAUAUAUAUAUAUAUAUAUAUAUAUAAAACAAAAAUGUAAACUUGGCACUCACCCUUUGUGAACUGUCAAAAUAUUCUUGCCUGGGUGCCCAGAAAAAGACCCUUGUAUGGGUCGAAACGUUGAUCAUCAUCAAAUUGUGGCAUUAAUAAUUUGCACGCUGGAAUAAACUUAUCACGCAUUUAAGAAGACCUGUGAGUGCACCUUGUUUAUAUUUUUUAUAUAUAUAUAUAUAUAUAUAUAUAUGCAAUCAGUUGCAGAAAUGUUGAACGUGAAUAAAUGAUCAGAUAAUCACCAAUUUCUUCUCACACGUUCAGACUAAUUUAGCAUAACUGAAGAUAGACAUUUUUACAAAAAAAGGUUUUCAUUAUUCUUGGGAAAAAGGAGUUUAAGGAUCAUAAAUGUGCAUGUUAGAGGAGAUUUAUCCAAGUGUUCUGUUCUAAGUUAUGCAAAAAUAUUAAAGGAUAGUAGUCACCAAUGGAAUGUACAUAACAAAGUCCCAAGUCCUCUAGCAGUUAGUUAGUAACAGGGGUAACGACAAUAGUUUAGCAAACUGUGCUUCAAUGCUACAAAAUGGAUAUACGCUGUAUGAAAAACGAAGGCACCUUUUGCUAAACGAUAUAGAACAAAGUGUGAAUGAUAUAAUACAAAGGUACAUUUAAUUCCAAAGAUGAAGAAUUCCACUUUUAAUCAUAUAAGGCAGUGGAUAUUUAAUCAGUUAAGCAGCUCACCCCUAUGCCAGGUAUCUAUAAAUGAAAUAAAAAAGAACAUAGUGUUCUCUGUAACAGCAUCAAUUAUUAAUAAUAAGAUUAAAAGCACUCACAAGAGUGGGAAAUCAAGAUCGCGUGUCAGGGAAUGCAGUCCCUAUAAGGAAAGACUAAAAUCCUCCCUCCGUGUCAGCUAGAGCUUCAGAAGGGGAUGGAGGGCAUGCAAAAUCCUCUAUUUGGGAUCGUUGUGCGUUUCAGCACUCGAUCUCCUGCGUUUCACCACAUGUAAAUUGAGAUAGGGCUCACACAAAAGCUUCGCCCGUCAAUCACUUGAUCAGAACUCUGCCUAACGCGUUUCAUGACUCACGGGUCAGUUCGUCAGAGGCUAAAGUUCGCUAACUUCAUCUCAUAUUAAUAUGCAAAAAAUGUAGCUGCAGUAUUUAUUAAAUUUAAAGGAGCUCAUGUCCCUAAUAGUGCAAAAAUAAGAUAAAUAUCCACAUCUAUUACAUAGAUGACCAUGGAGACUAUUUAUUUAAAUUUUAUAAAUAUUGCUGCUCUGUUUUUGUUUUUCUAUAAAUAACAAGAUGAACUUAAGUAACUCCAGCCUCUCAUAGAAACAUAGAAUGUGACGGCAGAUAAGAACCAUUCAGCCCAUCUAGUCUGCCCAAUUUUCUAAAUACUUUCAUUAGUCCCUGGCCUUAUCUUAUAGUUAGGAUAGCCUUAUGCCUAUCCCACGCAUGCUUAAACUCCUUUACUGUGUUAACCUCUACCACUUCAGCUGGAAGGCUAUUCCAUGCAUCCACUACCCUCUCAGUAAAGUAAUACUUCCUGAUAUUAUUUUUAAACCUUUGUCCCUCUAAUUUGAGACUAUGUCCUCUUGUUGUGAUGAAGUGACCCAUGGCCACGAGUCAUGAAACGCAUUAGGCGUUUUGUUAAUUCCCCUGUUACUAACUAACUUAGAGGAAUUUGGACUUUCUUAUGUACUUAAAGUUAAAAACGCCUUCUGUCACUUACCUUAGUCCGGCGUAGAUAUCCCUCUGUGCUGGCUCAGGUCUGUCCAUGGGCGUAGGAACCGGGGGGUCUGGGGGGACGGAUCCCCCCCAUCAAAUCAUGCGGGGGGUACAGGUUAUGGGGAAAUCCCCCCCAGCUCCGCCGACCCCCCCAUGCUGCAGCCGCCCGAGCGCUCUGUAGAGAGCCUCAGGUGGCUGCAGCUAUGCCCGGGCGGUGCGUCCAUGAGGGCGGACCACAACGCCCGGGCGCAGCCUGAGGAGAGGGGCUGACAGGAAGGAAGCGCUCAGCGCUCCCUCCUGUCACUCCCUCUCUGUAGCGUGUCCGAGCCCUCUAUUGGUCCGCGGGUACAGGGAGCAUCUGUCUCCUGUACCCGGCCGGACUAACAGGAAGUGCACACUCAGUGUGCACUUCCUGUUAGUCCGGCUGGGAACAAGAAACAAAAGCUCCCUGUACCCGCGGACCAUGAUACAGGGAGGGAGGGGGAGAAAGAGAGUGACAAGGGAGGGAGGGAGAAAGAGAGUGACAAGGGAGGGAGGGGGGAGAAAGAGAGUGACAAGGGACGGAUGGGGAGAAAGAGACUAACAAGGGAGGGGAGAAAAAAAAGAGGGGAGAAAAGGACAAGGAGGAGGAGGAGAAAAGAGAGUGAAAAGGAGGAGGAGGGAAAAAGUGACAAGGGAGGGAAGGAGGAGAAAGAGAGUGACGAGGGAGGGAGAAAGAGUGACAAGGGAGGGAGGGGGAGAAAGGGAGUGACAAGGGAGGGGGAAGGGAGAGAAAGAGAGUGACAAGGGAGGGAGAGAGGGGGAGAAAGAGUGUGACAAGGGAGGGAGAUUGACAUCCAUCACACACACACACACACACACAAUUGCACAAUCAUGCAAACCUUACACACACAGAAACACACAAUGCAUUCCUUACACACACUAAAUGCACCCCGUACACACACUCAAUGCACCCCUUACAGACGCACACACUGCAUCCCGUACAUACACAGAAACACACCUUGCAGCCCUUACACAUACAAAAACAGAUUCACACAAUGCAUUCCUUACACAGAUAUCAAGACAUCCCCUACACACUCCACCCCAUGUGAACAAACUCAUUGGUGGAACAUGAAGGUGGACCCUGGGACCCAGACCUUGAGCUGUGUAAAGGGCCCCCAAAAAAUGGUGCUGCUUCCCGUUCUCCCAGAACAUUGAUUUUUGUGACCACAGUUACAAACAGCCUCCAAAGAGCUUGUUCUACACCAGACCCGUGGAGCCAGACUGCAGCUAGAGCCCAUCAUCAUCCUCAUCUGGUUGUAAGUAGGCAAUCUAGUAUAUUAUUCGUGGCACUAAUCUCUAAUUUACCUCACAUUAAAGAAACACUAUAGUCCCCAGAACCACUGCAGCUUAAUGUAGUGGUUCUGGUGUCUAUAGCCUGUCCCUACAGGCCUUUAAAUGUAAACACGGCGGCACUCCAGCACUGGCGUUAGUUACCAUGGCAGAUGAUAUGGGUGGUGCAUUGUGAUGUCACAUGGGGGGGCGGCAAACUUUACUUUUGCCUAGGUCGGCAAAAAUCCUUGCACCGGCCCUGGCCGAGUAUCACGUGACUACCCGGCGCCCAAUCUGACACUGUGCCUGCCAGACGUCCAGAGGUCCCCCUGCUAUGUCAGGUAAAAGGGGGGACAAAGGUAGAAAAAUAAUUGGAAGGGCUUAGGGGGGCUACUAAUAUGGAUGGGGAGAGGGGUAGGUAGAAAAAUAAUUGGAAGGGUUUAGGGGGGCUACUAAUAUGGAUGGGAGGAGGGGGGAGGUAGAAAAAUUAUUGGAAGGGGUUAGGGGAGUACUAAUAUGAAUGGAAGGGGUUGGGUGGGUUCUAAUAUGCAUGGAAGGGGUUAGUGGGUACUAAAAUGCAUGGAAGGGGCUAGGGGGGUACUAAUAUGCAUGGAAGGGGUCGGGGGGUUAAUAUGCAUGGAAAGGGUAGGUGGGGUUCUUUUGUGCAUGGAAGGGGUAGGGGUGGUUCUAAUAUUCAUGGGAGGGGUAGGGGUGGUUCUAAUAUUCAUGGAAGGGGUAGUGGGGUUCUAAUAUAAAUGGAAGGGAUAGAGACGGGUAGUAAAAUGUAUGGAAUGCACUUUUGACAGUGUCACUGAAUGGCAGUUAGGAAAUGUGGUCACCCUAAGUCAGGGGCAGUAUUACACAAUCUGUAUAUGUAUAAAAAAAUAUAAAAAGUAAUCUGCAAAGUACAAAAUGUUUGUGUCAUAUGUCGUGCUAAAAAUUAAGCUAGGAAUGUGCAUAUUUUUUUAAUUUUUUUAAAAUAAAUUUUAGAAUAAUGAUACAGACAUUUUAUUUCUUACAUUUGUGAUGAUUCUUUUUUCCUCUCUAUAUUCAAGGGACACUAUAGUCACCAGAACCACAACAGCUAAACGUAGUAGUUCUGGUGUCUAUAGCAUGUCUUUGCAUUUCGUAAAAAGGCAGUAUUUACAUUACUGAUGAGGAAUACCUCUAGUGGACACUCAGAUGGCCACUAGAGGUGCUUCCUAGUCGAGACAUGAAUGCCGCCCUAUGAAGUAUCUGUGCAUGUGCGGCAAAGCUGCGCAUGCGCACCAGAGAGCAAUGACGCUUCUGAAUAGAAGCGUUUUAUUGCUCCCUGCUCGCACCCUCCUAUUAAGUCAUUUUGACAAAAUAGGGGGCGCGGCAUCAGGAGGAUCCCGGCGCUGUAUCCAGGUAAGUAAAAUCCCUUCCCUGUAGUGACCCUUUAAAGUUAUUAUUUAAUCAUUUAUAUAGCGACUGCAAAUUCCGUAGCGCUGUACAAUGGGAUAAACAACUCCUAGUUUACGGAAUAAGAAUAUACCCGGCAAGUAAAAAUUUUAUCCCCCCAGAUUUUUGGGGCUUCCUACGCCCAUGGGUCCGUCUCCCUUAAUCCUAGGUGACGUCAGCCGGCGGGGGAGACCUAAUGCGCAUGCGAGGCAAUGGCGGCGCUCGUUUUAGGAUUCCCCAUAGGAAAGUAUUAUGCAAUGCUUUGCUAUGGGGAUUCGGGUCUACUCGCCUAAUGUCCUGGAAGUCCCUCUAGUGGUUGUCUUGUAGACAGCUACUAGAGGUGGAGUUACCCCACAGCUAAUUAUUGAAGUUUAUAAAAAAUAUAUAUUAGCUUUGCAGGGUUAAGGGAUAUAGGAAUAUGCACCCAGACCACUGCAAUGAGCUGAAGUUAUCUGGGUGCCUAUAGCUGGGUGCCUAUAGUGUCCCUUUAAUGCUUAGACUAGAAAUAGAAAAUAUCAGUAAAUCUAUCCUAGUUCAGACAAGGAAGACGACAUAAAAAUGAAAAUCAGUAGGUAAAUACAAGGUCGGGAAGUCGGGUCUGGUACAGGAAAUAACGCUUCGUUAGUAACAUAGCCAGGUCCACAUAAACUAUAUAGGAAUAAUUUGUAGUCAAUAAGCUAGCAGGGUCGGGAAUAUUGGGAACAGGACAGGAACAACUCAAAGUCUAACAAUGUAAUUUUGCUUCAUUGGUGCAUUGGCAGUGUGUUAGGAACGCUAAUAACUAUAUAAAAAGAACUAAAAUGACUGCGAAAUAGUGAAAAUUACGCUGCAUUCAAACUUAUGCAAAACUGGUAUCUGAACAGACACUGUUGCGUCAUUACAGGAGCAAGUAGCACGCGACCAUGGUUGACCUGAUGUGCAUGCUGCUGGUGACCAUAUUACUUUUGCUCUGGUGUUUUUAGCUGUAUGUACAACCAUUUUUAAUGUGAUGGAAAUAUUGUUAAUAUAAAUCUCGGCAGUGUAUUAUGCUAUUACUGCGAGUCCUGGAAUAAUAAUAAUAGCCAUAGUAAAGUUACAUAAUAUAGUUUAGCAUUGUGCUCUACGGCAACAGCCAACUACCACCUGUGUACUAGUGCCCCAGGGGGCAACUUCCUCACUUACUUGGCCUUCCCUGUACCAUAACCACUAAAAAAGAUGGGGUACAUUGACGUUGUGGCAGGCUUAUGCAAUGUAUGAUCCUAUAAUGUAACAGAACCCCCAUAAUUUUUUGCCUAGAUUAGGUGUUUUUAAUAAAACUAGCAAAAUCUGUCAGCACCAAAGUAGCCGUUUAGUAGAUAAGGGAGUGCGCUGGAUUUUCAUUUUUACUGUACUUAUUGGCCCCCAGCAGCACCCCAUUUAAGCAUGUUCAGGUGAGUGCAGCCAGCCCCUUGUUUUCCCAUACCAUAACCACUACAGUGAGCCAAGUGGUUAUGGUGCUUGCAGAGGUCCUUUAAUGUGCAAAAAGCUUAGAGUUUAGUAAAUAAACCCCAUGCAGCUCUCAAAGCAUAUUACCUAAUUAUUACUUAUUCUUGUUAUUUCAUCACUGAAUAUGGAAUGGCCAAAAAACAACAACACCAACCAUCACCCAACAACACCCACUAUGCUAAGCCAGCCUCAUGGGUGUUGCAGUUUUACAUUGGCCUCUAUCCCUUUCCUGCAGAUCCCUCUCUCCCAGUCUCACACAUUGCUCCCCAAACAACACUUGCUGUAGCUGCACUAGACAGCUCACAUGGGUUGUCACCGUGUUCACGUUUCAAUAAAGUUGUUGACAAAGGGGGGUGAUGACGUGUCAGUAGUGGCAAAGCUGAAUUGACUGGCAACUUCCGGGUGGUGAGUGUGAGAGGUGCUGCUUUGUGUGUGCAGUUCACGUGGCAGUGUUUUAGAAUGGCAUAGUUACACAAUGUAUAUAAUAUGGCAAUUAGAGCAUGGGGGAGGGGGGGUUAAAAUAAUGCAUGUUUGCAGUGAUGGGGUUAAUAGGGCAGAGAUUAUAGGCAACUUCCUGGAUGAAGAUAUUCAUAGUGCAGAUACCAAUAUUAGUAAUAACCUCUCCAAGUUACCAUUACAGGGUAUAAUAGGUCCAGUGUUUUACUGGGCAUCUGCAUUGCCUGAUAGCUGGCACAAUGUGUGGCAUAUCUGCUAAACUCUGAAUUUAAAUGAAUUGAAACUGAAUGAGGGUAAAACAGCUGACCUGCAAACAGUCUCCAGCUCAGCUAUAGAUACUGUGUAGCUGUUUUAGAUACAGUUUUCUUAUUUGGAUUUUAGAUUUCACUAUAGUUUUUCAUUUAAGUAAAUUAAACACCGGUGACUCUAGCUGAAUUGGAGAAUUUUUAUUUUUAUUUAUUUUUUCCUGGUCCGCUGUUUUAGCCACAUUUUUUUUAUUUUUUAUUUUUUUAUUCUGAUUUCAGUUCAAUACAGUUUUGGGUUUGCUGAAUAGAUCUGUUAGGGAUUAUUCAGCUAGACGUUGAAUUUUAAGAAAUUAAAGCCAAAUGGCAGCAUGUAGGCUAAAAUAGCUGAUCAGUGGUUAAAAAAAAAAUAAAAAAAAAAGUAAAAAUGUUUGAAUCUGCUUAUAGCACAAUUUGGCAAUGUUUGCUAAAAUUUAGCAAUUCAUUUCACAUUUAAUGUGCUUAAAUUAUUUAAUAAACCUACGUGUGUUACUCGGCCUGUUUUUAUAAAUUUUAUUCAUUCUGAAGUGGAUCUGGUAUAAGCUUCGCGUUGUUUAUUAAAUACUAUAUGUGUGCUUUCAUUUCCGUUUAUUAUACAAUUUGGAAAACCCUCGGAUGGUUAAAGCUGGAAUAUUUUCAUUUGUUGAGAUGAUCAAUUUUGUGUUUAUUGUUUAAUCUCACAAACUAAUAUUGACCGAAUCUCUGUUGAUACGCACCAUACUCUAAAAUAGUGAUGGCCAAAAGGUAGAUCCACGACUGUUGUAGAAUAAAUUCGAUGAUACUUUGCCAGCCAAAUCAUCAUAAAGUUGCUGUGUUAUGUAUCAGAGUUGUCUCAUUAUAACUAGAAUCAUGCUGAUUAGAAAUUAAGCAAAACUAUUCUAUUUGCAGUAAUAGUAAAAGAAAUUCUGUCUUUGGUUUUUAUUAUCUCUGUCCAAUGCUAGGUGUUCAAUUACGCUGGAACUGAUCUUUAAUAUUUAACUGAUCUGCCACGCCAGUCUUGCAAAGUGCAUGCUGGAAAAAAUAGUUAAAUGAACGCUAUUUCAUAGGGGUAGUGCUUAUAUGUUUUUUCAUUUUGUUACAGCAACUGUCGGAGGAGGAGGCGGCAAUGCUUAACUUCAUGACAUCACCUCCCCGGGGCAAACUGAGAAAAAGGUGACAUGUGGAUCUCAGACCCAAAGAGCAACUGACAGAGAAAGGUGUCUAUGGCCAGGUAAUAGCUUAAAGUCCAAUUUUAAUUGAUAGUAUGUGUGAACAGCUUAUUCCAAAAGGUAUCCUUUAAUCUCAUAACCCUAAAUAGAAGUAAUGUAAAAUAGCAUUUGCUGACUCUGGUCAACUGUUACAGGGUUAUUUACUAAAUUGAGAAUUCAAAGUGAAUUUAAAAAUUUAAGGCCAAAAUAGCCGAUUCUGGAAAUACUCUUUGUCGUCUAUGCUUCCAGCUCAGCUACUUUGCCCUGAAAUGUGAAAAUCUCUUUGAAUGCUCACUUUAGUGAAUAAGCCUUUUUGUAUCUUACGCUAUAGUUAUUUGGCAAGCUAUAGGUGAUAAUCAGUACUGUCAGGCUUCUAUGUUUGCCACGUGGCAUGAGAUAAUUAUGGCGUCAUAUUGAGAUCACAUGCAGCCAUAGAAAAUUAAUUGGUCAUGGAAGAAAUAGCAUAAAACCUGCUGCAGAUAAUUAUCUGCUUUCUUCUGGUAGUAAAUUCAUUCUGCAUAUUUUGGACAAUGCAAUUCACAUCCUCCCGACAAACCAUGGGACGAAUUGUUCCCUGGGAAAGAGAAUAAUUUUUAUUUAUUUAUUUUUUUUACAAAAAUGCUUUAUGUAGAUGACUUGAUACAGGCUUAGAACAAAUAUUUCCCAUUUAACAUAUGUUCAAUUUAGCUAUGAUUCCCAAUUGGCUCUCUUGGCCUACAUUUUGAAUUUCCCAUUGAUUUCCUGACAAUUCACAUCUUAGUGAACAUUAUAAAAGACACUACUUUGUAAAUGUUUAAAUAACUCCAUGUAAUGUCCAACCAGGGGGUAUACAUGAGGCAUUGUCCAAACUUAUAAAUAAGAAUAAUUGGACAAAAUGUUCUAUUUUCCCAGAAGUAGCAAACCAAAUGCCUGACUUCCCUUCCAUGUGUUCAUUAUAAGAAUGUCACCCCUGAUUCCUGUCGAGGGUUAAAUGAGAACAGCGUUAUUUCACCCAAAUUUUCUAUCAACAAUAACCACUACAAUGAGCUGUAGUGUUUAUGGUGCUUGGGGUGUCACUGUCAUAUCUAGCUCUGUUGUAGAUGGACAUUUUAACAUACAUAUAUCCCACCCCCUUGAAUUGUCAUGUGUCAUUGUGAAGCAGAUGAUUAAUUAUGCAACUGAUGCUUAAUGUCAUGUAAAAUCAUUUUAAAGCAAAACUGUCAAAUCUAAAAAACAAAAAAAAUCAAACAUUAAAAACAUUCCCCUCCCCCCCAUUUCAAAAGAUUGUGUUACUGUUAUGUUGCUUGGUUUGGCUUCAAUAUUGUAUGCUGACAUAUUGUAUGCAGUGUAUAUUGUAUACUGACAUAUUGUAUACAGUGUAUAUUGUAUACUGACAUAUUGUAUGCAGUGUAUAUUGUAUGGUGACAUAUUGUAUGCAGUGUAUAUUGUAUGGUGACAUAUUGUAUGCAGUGUAUAUUGUAUGGUGACAUAUUGUAUGCUGUGUAUAUUGUAUGCAGUGUAUAUUGUAUACUGACAUAUUGUAUGCAGUGUAUAUUGUAUGGUGACAUAUUGUAUGCUGUGUAUAUUGUAUGCAGUGUAUAUUGUAUACUGACAUAUUGUAUGCAGUGUAUAUUGUAUACUGACAUAUUGUAUGCUGGUAUAUUGUAUGCAGUGUAUAUUGUAUACUGACAUAUUGUAUACAGUGUAUAUUGUAUGGUGACAUAUUGUAUGCUGACAUAUUGUAUGCAGUGUAUAUUGUAUGCUGACAUAUUGUAUGCUGACAUAUUGUAUACAGUGUAUAUUGUAUGCUGACAUAUUGUAUGCAGUGUAUAUUGUAUGCUGACAUAUUGUAUGCAGUGUAUAUUGUAUACUGACAUAUUGUAUGCUGACAUAUUGUAUACAGUGUAUAUUGUAUGCUGACAUAUUGUAUGCAGUGUAUAUUGUAUACUGACAUAUUGUAUGCUGACAUAUUGUAUACAGUGUAUAUUGUAUACUGACAUAUUGUAUGCAGUGUAUAUUGUAUACUGACAUAUUGUAUGCUGACAUAUUGUAUACAGUGUAUAUUGUAUACUGACAUAUUGUAUGCAGUUUUUUUUCCCAGGCAUUCUGAGUGAUCUUCAGUUGGAAUAAGUUGUUAUCUGACCCAAGAUCACUUUCCCUAUAGCUGGCUACACAGAUGAAUGAUGUCCCCUGUGACCAAUGGGCACGCAGCAGUGUACAGGUGGGCAUUUUUCUGUUGCAAAGAUUUCAAAUUGAUCCAUGUGAUACUUUCUUCCACUGGACACAGAAGAAAGUAAGAACCAGAUCACUUAGUGAUCCUUGUAACAGAAAACUGCCAGGCUUCCCUGUGCACUCUUAGAAAACCGGUAACGUUAUCAUUCUGAAAGCAGAGCAGCCUGGCAAGGGAGAGGGUUCUUGGGUUGGCUUUGCACACUGAGCACAGAAGGAAGCUGGGUGAGGGAAUUCUGCAUUUCAGUAGACCUGAAAUAAAGGCAAAUAUAACAUUAAAGGACCACUCUAGGCACCCAGACCACUUCAACUUAAUGAAGUGGUCUGGGUGCCAGGUCCCUCUAGGAUUAACCCCUUUUUUUUUUUUUUAAUAAACAUAGCAGUUUCAGAGAAACUGCUAUGUUUAUAAAUGGGUUAAUCCGGCCUCCAAAGCCUCUAGUGGCUGUCUCAUUGACAGCCGCUAGAGGCGCUUGCGUCCAUAGGAAAGCAUUGUAAAUGCUUUCCUAUGAGACCGGCUGAAUGCGCGCGCAGCUCUUGCCGCGCGUGCGCAUUCAGCCGAAAGGGAGGAUCGGAGGCGGAGAGGAGGAGGAGAGCUCCCCGCCCGGCACUGGAGAAAGGUAAGAUUUAACCCUUUCCUCUCCCCAGACUCCAGCCGGAGGGGGACCCUGCGGGUGGGGGCACUAUAGUGCCAGGAAAACGAGUAUGUUUUCCUGGCACUAUAGUGGUCCUUUAAGGAAAAAUAACUUUUAAAAGCUCUAAAGAGGGAAAAAAAAAAGUUUCUUUACCUUUCAGAACAAUGAGAAUUGACUAAAGGUACGCAGUUAUGCUAUUAGUGUAUGUCAUAAGCUCACUGGGGCAGAAGGAAAACCUGCCUGUAUCUUCAUAGAAGUUUUAUUCUGUGUUUUUCUUUUCUUUCAGAAUUAGUUUUUCCUGCCUGUUUCCUGGCUCAUGGCACUGCAGCCUGCCAUCAGUAACCCAGUUUUCCCGUCAACGUGUGGUUUUACUGAAUAUUUUAAUUGUGGUGUUUAUACUGAUUGUGGUAAUUCUGGCAAAUCUUCAGCUUUGGAAUUCGAGAGAAGUUAAUGUUCGCCAGUUUAGGAGGUUAGUCAAAUGUUUUUUUUUUCUGUUUCUUCUUCUUUGAGUUAUGACUUUGGUACGCCAAACCUUCACACGUUUUUUCAUUAUUUAUCCAACUUUGAGGACUUUGAAAAGGAUCUAAAUCACUGAAGCAGGGAUAGUCAAGACUUAGACCUCCUGCUUUUGUGCAGUUCCAACUCUUAUGAUGCAUAUUCAACCUACAGCUUAGGCAGAAUAGUCUUUGUAGUUCUGGAGGAGACGCUGAUAAGGUUUGCCGUCCCCUGCCCUAAAUUGUUUUCUGCAAAAUAUUCCAACAUUGUUUUGGGUAAACUGCAAAACAUGGCCCCCCUCUAAUUGAGAAAUGUGUUCCUCUCUGUUGCAGAGUUAACACAUGCUUUAAUACCUCAUAGAUACAUUUUAUAAUUUAAAAAUAGGAAUAACAAAUGGCAAAAUAGAGCUAAAAGGUUUCAUUUUUGUUGUCUUUUUCAAAUGAACAAAUCUUGUUGACCGUUUUUCCACAACGAUGCUGUUAUUUCUUCUGAUCUGCUCAGAUCAAAUACAAUGAAUUCCUUGUUACAUCUGCUGAUCUCACUUAGCCUGUUUUGUAAGAUUUAUACGCAGAAUGAUGUGGUGGUUUUAUCUUGCUGCUCUGUGGGAAGUUUGUAAAUGUCAGACAAAGGUAGCUAGAAAACCGGAAUAGUUAGAAGCUCAGCAUCUGCUAUAUGUACUUUGGAACCUUAUGUUCCUAAAACUGUCAGGAUUACAGGCACUUUCACAUUUUAAGCCAACAUUGCCCAUGGGAAGUAAAAACCUUUUUUUUGUUUUGUUUUUUUAAAAUCUUCAUUUCCUUCUAAAAGACCUGGGCAAAUGGGAUAUAGAGCAGUUAUCCCAGUUCUCAAGGUACUCCAACAAUUCUGGAUUUAGACAUUUCCCCAGUUCAGUUCUAAUGGCUAACUAACAAAACCUGGAACAUUUGCGUAAUUUGAGGACUGAAUUGAGUACCAUUUUUUUUUUUUUGAAGGAACAAGAGGUAUUUAUCCUUGUAUUUCAUGUCGUACUAGGAAAAUCUUCUCUAUCUAAACAGUAGAUUUUUUUUUUUUCCCAAACAUAGUUACAUAGGCUGAAAAGAGACAUGUGUCCAUCAAGUUCAGCCUUCCUCACAUCUGUUUUUUUUGCUGUUAAUCUAAAAGAAGGCAAAAAAAAGUUUGAAGCACUUCCAAUUUUGCAACAAACUAGGAAAAAAGAAACAUGAUAGUUUUUGUUCAGUAUUUUCGAUAUGGAGGUUAUGAACUGGUCACACAAAGAGAUACAAACUGUUAAAUAGCCACAUAUAUGUAAUAUAAGAAACAAAUGUAUUUAUUUCCUCUAUAUGCAUAAUGGUAUAACUUACAUAAGGUAUAUUGUAACUAGACAUUGUAUAAACUCCAAUACAAACAAAGCUUUAUUUUAUCUGUAUAUUUUAUAUUCCUGUUUGGAUGACAAGUGCUUAAUUUGUACAAAUAAGCGUGAUACACACAGGGUUAUUCUCUAAACAUAGGAUUCAAAGUGAAUUUCAAAUUCAAGGCGGGUAUGCUCUCAUUUGAGUUGUUUUUAAUGUGAAAAUCUCAUUUUCGUGAAUAAUCCCGACCUGUGUUCUGGAAACAUAUUUCUAUUGUUAUCAAGCAGAGGUUAAUAUUCUAGAAUUCUUGAUUAUUCUCCAAUGUCACUUUCCAGCUGAGCAGUGUUAUCAUGCCGUUCUGUGCUUUAAUUAGACAAGAUUCCAGCGUGCCAGGUGUCUGCGUUCACACUGCCCACUUGUGAGCUCCGCAGCUGCCGACAGGGUCAGCCGUUUAAACUUCCAGAUGCUGCCUUCCUUGAGACUUGUUAAAGCAGCCUUAAACUCAGCAGCUGCGAUUGCCGAAAGCUCAGGAGAUCUGAGCGGAAUCUUAAAACAUUACACAUGAUUAAAGUCUCUUGGUAAUCAGCCAGUGAAAACAAAUAACUCAUUAGAUUUCAGAUCAGUGAAUCUGUAAGUCUGCAAUUUCAUGGUGCAAACAUCAAAGCAAAGCAUUCAUAGAGAUGUUAAAGCUCUGUGUACCAGAGAGGCGUGCGACUUGUUUUAACGCAAGGUAAUGUUCUCUCCUCCGAACCAUUAAGGGUAUAAGUUUAUCCGCACUCCUGGUACAAUAUUUUUAAACUUGUUUUUUUUAAUCUGCAUGGAAAUUUCAGUUGUCUCCAUGUAUGAAUCUUCCAGAUGAAACCCAAGCGUUGAUGCAGUUUAAGCUUAUGCUGAUAGAAUACACAAAUCCUGCAGACUGUAAACUGUCAACACUGGACAUUCAAUAUCUUUGCUCAACAUCAUUUUUGUGUGUUUCGUUUUUAACAUUUGCCGGAAGGACACAUUGUAGCAUAUGUCUGUACGUUACAUCGGUAUAAAACAUAUUAACUGUAUGUGUUUUUGGUUACAGGUUAUAAUGCACGUGACAUGAGAAAAAAAUAAAUAAAAGAUAUAUUUUUUUUCUUCAUCAAGGGAAAUAAUCAUGGAAAAAUAUAAUUCUGCAGAGUCAUAAUAACAAUAAUGCUUUGCAUGUGUAACAUUUUAUUAUUUGUUUUUCUACAUCCUGUUGUAGGAAACAUCACUUUAUCAGCUAAACACUGCAGUGGGAGAGCCAUCAGUAUAAUUUUAAAGGGACACUAAAGCCACACAGACCACUUCAUCUAAAUAAAGUGGUCUGGGUAUAAUGGUUCUGUCGUUUUAACCUUGCAAUGUAAGGGGAGAUAACCCCGAGGGCAAUUAAGACUGCUGCCUUGUCAGUCUCAUUCUUGAAGUGGACCACUAGGUCCCUUGGAGCAGUAAUCCAUGCUCUGGCUGGUCUGGGAACACAGAAGAGUCCAUCCAGCAUUAAUACCUUGGCCUGUCGUGAUGGCAGCAAGGCCACCAGCAAGCACCUUAGAAAGUGCAACAGCUCAGCCUCCAGGAUGUCCUCCGAGACUCCCCACACCUUCAUGUUGUCCCGGCAUCUGGUAUCUUCUUAGGCUGCAAAGCGGCAUUUGUAUGUUUGAUUUUGCUGUCAUAGCUCCUGCACUGCUUGUUAGAGCGACACUGUUUGCUGUAUGUUCUUGUUUGAAGAACCCUGCAGGUCACUGCGGAUCAUAGAUCAGUUGUGCAAGAUAUUUUUUUUGUAGUUCCUGCACUAUAAACUUUGUCACUGGGGAAGAGUCUGGGCCUGCCGGGUUCUGCUGCGGUAAAGGUAGGCUCUCCUUUUCUGCCUCAAAGGAUAGGUCAUCCGAGAAGUUAAAGCAGCCACCAGAGACUUUGGCCCAGCUUCGUCAUUUGCUACCGCCACAAAUAUCUUAUUUUGAGCCCCACACUGGGCUUGUCCAUCCUUUGCUUCUUUGUUUUGCGACCCAUGAAGGUUAAGCUGUUUAAGGAGUCCCCCAAUAUACGAAGAGUGUGCAAAAAGGCAAAAUAGACAGAAUUCUGUUGCUGAUUGCAGAAACUCCAGAAUCUUCAUUGUAAUUUUUUAUGGUGGAUUACUGAGGCAUUUUGAAGAAAAAUGGGAAACAACCCUUUGAUUCGAAGUACCAUUCUUCACUAAUACAAAAUCAGUUUUUUAUGUUGCAAGCAGAAGAUUUUAUGGCAACUUUAGAUCUAAAGGAUGCGUAUCUCCACAUUCCUAUGGCUCAGGAAUCCAAAAAUUCUAAGAAUUUCCAUAAGAAAUUGCAAAAAAGUUUUACAUUUUCAAUUUGUGGCUCUUCCCUUUGACCUCACUAACCCACCCCAAGGUUCUUCACAAAGAUUCUUGUUCCGGUUGCCUCACUUUUGUGAGGAAAAUAAAUCUUUAUAGACUCGGUUCUGGACGAUUGAUUCAUCAAGGCAGAAACCUUUUUCUAGCUAAAGGAUUAUCUGAAAAUUACUCUGGCUACACUCGAAGAACAUGGUUGGCUCAUCAACUGGGAAAAGUCUAUUCUUCAUGCAUCAAACAUGUCUUCUUGGACUCAAAAUAGAUUCAAAAAAGUUACGCUUUCUGCUUCCAGAUCACAAAAGGCCACAAAUCUGGCUAUUUCCAGCAUUCCAAAAUACCUGCUUUGUUCCAUCAGGCAGGCAAUGAGCAUUCUGGGGUUGAGCACUUCCACCAUUCCAGCACUGAAAUGGGCCAAUGCCCAUAUCAGGUCACUACAAGGAAAAAAUCUGUGUUGCUGGACCAGGAAUUUAGACGAUCUGGACACAGAGUGCUGCAUCUCAGAACACGGCUUAAAAGCCCUAAGUGGGUGGCAUGACUUGGAUAAAGAGAGGAAUGGUGGUGUGAUUAAGAGGCUCUGCUCUGAUCACCUUGUAAAAAGCACAAACAGCAUAAAAUUGUGGCCGUGACAGAAUCCUGUUAGUAUUGGUUAGACGCAGGAACCUUAUGAGCAGCAAACUGCCGCAUAUAAAGAAGGCUAAGAGUAAAGAAUCCUUGGUGGCAACAACCUUCACUCCAGUACAUGGGCUCCGAUCUGCUAGCCAAGAUGGCGCCUGGGAAGUUCAGCAGUUCUCAAAUUUGGAGAUCAGGGCCCUGAGGCAGAGAAAAGCAGAGCAGAGAUAGAAAACAGAGUGGAGAAAGUAGUAGAUGCUCAUAAUGAAGUGGUGACUGCAGGCAAUGGUUCUUGAGCUAGAGCCAGGCAUAGUGGAUCUCUCCAAAUGGUCUUGCUGAAACAACUGCGCCUGAGAGGACUACUGGAGCAGGCAAGGGAUGCUGACUUGCAGGAGCUUGUUUUGCAGCUUCUGCAGCCUAUAGCACCUGAAAUCCCUGAACCACUCUUGAUAUUGGACCAUGUCCAUAAGGCUCUAUGGGCGCACAGAGCGACUCGGGAACAUCUCCGCGAUAUCAUCAUCAAAUUUCACUACUACCAGACAAAGGAACUGGUUCUCUGACAGAGACAUUCUACUUCUCUCAAAUAUCAAGGGCUGCUGGUACAGAUGUAUCAGGACCUAUGCCCUACCACCUUACAAAAAAGGAGAGUCUGGAGGUCAAUAGCAGAGAGCAUUAUGUCAGUUUUACCUGGGGAUACACUUGUAAAAUUUUGAUGUUUGCCAAAACCAUAAUUUUGCAACAAUCCUCUGACAUGCAGAGGUUCCUACGAGCGUUGGCUAUCCAAUUACCCGAAAUCUUAGAGGUAUACCUAAGGUCUUACCUAAGGUAUCCAAACCUGGGAAUAGAUGUCUGCUGGGGAACCUAUGUGAAGGAGCAGCUGUCUACUGAUAAGAGACGUUUCUGAACAGGAUGCCUUUGGGUUUGAUAACUGACAUAGAGCCACCUCUACGUGGAAGAUGUCGCAAGGGGUGCUAUGAAAAUCCAUCCAAAAUCCUAGGUAGUCUGAGUGUUCUAUAAUGCAUUGACCUCUCCUAAAUUACAUUAAGUGGCACUGUUUUUGUAUUGUAUUUUUCCUCUAGUUCUUUGAUUUUAUUUUUCUCCAUGUGUACACAUGGCCUCAAAGGAUACCAAAAAAAAAUACUGUUCUGAAAAAGAGAACACACACAAGAAGGGGAAAAAGAGGCACUGUGACUUUGUUCAGAGGGUGAACCUUGUUUUCUUUAAACUUUGAAAGGGAAGGUACUCCUUAACAAGUUUCUAACAUUUCAAUCGAGGAUCUAAUUUUCUAGUCUGUUCAUUACGAUACAUACUCCAGGAUAGAUUAUUUCCUAGUUAACUCAAAAUUUCUUAGCGAAAUACAGAGAUUAACUCCAUCACCUAGUCUGAAAAUGCUGACACUACAAUUAGCUUUGCCCCACAGUCCAUCAUCAUCAUCAUCAUCAUCAUCAUCAUCAUCAUCAUCAUCUUGGACUUUUAAAUUAUAUACUUUGAAAUAGCAAUUUAGAACUGUUGUGGCCUCCACUCCCGCAAUAGGAAACUCCUCUCCAGCAGUGUCUUUGAACAUGGUAUGGUCUGCUCAUAAGACCCUUAUAAAGCUUUCAAAUGCACAUUAGAAUAAUGCAAUUUCAGACCAGCUGCAAUGGGUAAGCAACAUGAUUAAGACUUUAUUAUUGGAUGACGUAGAGCAGGGGUGGGGAACCUUCGGCCGUCCAGAUGUUUUGGACUACAUCUCCCAUAAUGCUCUUACAUCCAUAAUGCUGGGAAAACAUUAAGGUAGAUGUAGUCCACAAUAUCUGGAGGGCCGAAGGGCGUCAGUUGAAUUGGUCUAAAAUAUUUUCUAAAGGCUAGCCAGGGGUCUUAAACCAAAGCAUAAGCUCCAACAUGUUUCAGCACUUUGGACAGCGGAUGAUAUGAUGGUCACUGCUCCUGAAGCCAUUUUAGAGGCUCUCACUACCUUUUACUCUAAGCUGUACAACCAUGCCCUACCUUUUACUCUAAACUGUAGGACAAAAGCUAAUCCUCAAUAUGCAGCGACAUUGAUGAAGUUCUUUGCUACCCUUUAAUUGCCAAGUUUGUCCAAUGAAUCUAAAGAUGCGCUGAGGAUACAUAGGAUGAGGUGUUAGCAGUAACGUCUAGGGUGCUUUCUCUGGUCCUAUCUUUGGACUCGGAAAAGGUGUUCGAUAGGGUAUAGUGGCCAUAUUUAUUUGGUUUGCUACAUCACUGUUUGUUUUUUUUUCCUAGGGAGUUGAUCACUUUCAUACGAACCCUUUACACGUCAAGCCCAGAUUAUUUUGUACAGUGGAACUAGGCAUGAGUGUCCCCUGUCCCCAUUUCUCUUUGCACUAACCCUUGAGCCCCUCUUACAUCUUAUUAGGACAAACACAGAUAUUAAGGGGUUAACUGGAGUGGAAACUAGUUAUAAAGUAUCAACAUACGCUGAUUACAUUCUAUUAACUUUUCUGGACCCCUUCAGAUCCCUCCCCUGCUUGAGGUGAUCCUGCAGUGUGGAGACCUUUUCUGGUUAUAGAGUCAACUUUAAUAAAUCCUGAAUUAUGCCUUUCCAUGUCCCGGUUCUGUAUGUUGAGGACAAAAAUGGAUUUAAGAUUUUGAUAUCUAGGCAUUUAAAUUACUGCAAACCAUGAUCAAUUCGGUUAGAUUAAUUAUGGGCGGCUAUAUAGGACCCUUAAAAUCGAUCUGGAAAAGUGAGAGGCACAAUCGUACUCUUGGAUCGGUAGGAUACUUGUAAUCAAAAUGAAUUUACUACCAAGGCAACUUUUGGUUUGUUUUUUUGCAGGCUUUACCAGUGGAAGUGCCAAAGGGGGAAUUAGACAAACUACAAUCUGGUAUAAAUAAGUUAUUAUGGGGAGGUAAAUGCCAAAGGAUUGUAAGGAAGGUAAUGUACCACCCUAGGUCUCAUAGGGGACUAAGACCUCACCUAUGUAUGCUCGCCGCACAAUUAAUGCAAAAAUGUCCUUUGGCACAGCCCUCCAGGAGAGAAGUGCUGGGCGGACUUAGAAUCGGGGCUCAUGGGAGCAGACUUGCCUCCAUUUUACCUUUUGGCUGGAUAAGCCGCCAACUGCCCUGAUUCGGACAGAUCUCCCAGCAAUUAUCCACUCUAUAAUUUUAUGGGAUAGUGUAAGGGAGAAAUAUGUACUCUUGAGUAACCCUUUGCCAAUUACAUGAGAAAUAAAAAGUUGUUCCCCCGGUUAUGGUGGGUAGGAAUUUUGCUGCCUUUGAAAAGUUGGAGUUUCAAUGUCUGUAUCCCCUUUAUAGUGAUUUCUCAUUAACACCAUUCAAGGAUAUAACAUGAUCCCUCUGCAUUAAGACAAACGAUUUCUUACGUUCUAUUUUGAUUAUCGACUAUGCCAAACAAGAGCAUAUUACAUUGGCUGCUGUCAGAGGGCCUACCUUUUUUAAAAUAUUGUAUAGCCAUGGACUUAUUUUGCUACUAUAUACUGCAAUUUUCUCUAAUUCAAAGAUUAUGGGUAAAUUAACAUACACCAAGCUUUGGGAGGAGGACUUGGGAGUUGGGGUAGGAGAAGGUGACUGGUAGGAGAUGUGGGAGGCAGCUGGAAAGAUUUCCAUGUGCAUGGUGUCCUUGGUUAACUCCAUAUUAUGAGGGAGUCUGUGGCUUACUGUCUCAAAUAUUUCAUUGACCGUUUGAUCUUGAUUCAUGGGUCUUCCUUCUGUCCAAGCCCAUUGACAACUUUCCACCACAAUACUAAAAACUAAUCAUUAAGAUGACAUUUGCAUUCAGAAUAGCUCUGGGAGCUGGGUGUCUCUACUUUAGCCAAAAUCCAGCAUAAAAAUGCUGACAACGUCUUAAUGGAUAAGUUCACGGCUCCAAAUACCUUCACUACAGAGUGGGUGCCCUGGGAAGAAUAUGUAUCCCUUCAAGACUUAACUAGAUGGCAGAAAGUCUUAGCAUUCUCGGUGGGUGGCCACCCCACUUUUCUUUUCUUAUUUUUUUUCUCUUCUUUUUGUUAAUUGUUGAUAUAUGGGUUUCUUAGGUUUCCUGUUGUAUUUACACCUUUAUUUCAUGCUUUUGAUAUCACGUGAACACUGUAACUAAACAUACCUUUAAGGAAUGUGAAGAAAUUUGUUAUUGUUGAUUUGCUAAGAUCCAAAUAAAAUAAAGACUUUAAAAAAUAUAUAUAUAUAUAUAUAUAAUAUAAACAAUAUAUCACCACCACAGUGUAAAUAUAUGUGAAGUGAGUACCAAGUAUAAAUUAUACUUCUCUAUUAAGUCAAAUUGGGCAGCCUCCCAAGAUCAUUACCCAGAAAAUGUUUUUAUAUUGACCAGAAUAUACAAAAAAACAAAACUGUAUAAAUCAUGGCCAAGAGACUCAAUCAAAAAGUGCCACAAUUCUGCUUCCAAUACAAACAGGACAAUCUGGAUAUUCUAGACAGCUUCUCUGUGAAUUGGACAUUUCAAAUGGUGUAUAUCUUUCCUCCAAAGGUCCUGCAAAAAAUCCAAGUAGACCAGUCCUGUCAUAGCAAUCAUGCCAUUCUGGCCAAAUCACAGCUCGUUCCCCCUCUUUCUACAUCUAACAAUGACAUUGUCCUAGGAAUUAGCGGUGACUCUACAGGUGCCAGAAAACAAGGACAUAUCAAUAGAAACUCUGAAUAUCUUUAAACUGAGGGCAUGGAAGCUACAAGGUUGAUCCUUUUAGAAAAAGUUAUUAAGGAACAUUUUAUCAACAUUCUCUUACAAGCUACCGGAAAAAACACCUUAAAAAUAUACUUGCAUAUUUGAAUACAUUCCUGGCAUGGUGUCAUCAGAAAAAUCUAGACUCAUUCAAUACUCCUUCUGCUUAUUCUAGAAUUUCUGCAAAAAGCUUUCAAAAUGGGUCUUGUUCCUUCCGCUUCGCAAGUCCUCAUCUCUGCACUUUGUUUUUUCUUCAUACAAUAGUUUGCAUCUUAAGCACUUAUUGAAAGGUUAUGCAAAGCAGCAUGGUAACUCGUCCUCCAGAACAUUCACAUAUUGCAUCUUGGGAUUUAUCUUUAGUUUUAAAUGCUUUAUGCACGGAGUCAUUUGAACAUCUGGAAGAACGGUCACCAAAACUUCUUACCCUAACCGUAGCAUUUCUAGUUGCUGUUACCUCAUCCAAAACAGUGGAAAACGAUUCUUGCACUUUCCGCAGCAUCAGAAAUCAUGGUGUUCCAUCAAGAUGAGGUCAUCCUCAUUCCCAAACCAUCGUUUCGUCCUAAAGUUUUAAGUAAAACCAACCUAAAUCAAGCGAUAGUGUUGCCAACCUUCUGUCAGAAUCCAUCUUCAGCCAAGGAAUCUCAUUAGCUUUGCUUGGAUGUAAAGAGAGCAUUGUCAAUCUAUCCAGUCAGGACAAUGGAGUGGCGUAGAUCAAACCAUCUUUUCAUCAACUUCUAAAGACGCUCUAAAGGUCUUCCAGUUUCCAGGUCUUCCAUGGAUUAAUGAGCCCAUUUGAAUGGCUUAUUGUCCCCAAGGUGCCGUUUUCCCUGCAAAACUAAAGGGACACUAUAGUCACAGAAACAACUUUAGCUUAAUGAAGCAGGUUUGGUGUAUAGAUCAUGCCUCUGCAGUCUCACUGCUCAAUUCUCUGCCAUUUUGGAGUUAAAUCACUUUGUUCGUGCAUCCCUAGGCAUACCUCCCUGCACGUGACUUACACAGCCUUACUAAACACUUCCUGUAAAGAGUCAUCUAAUACUUACAUUUCCUUUUUUGAAAAGUUUGCUUAAUUUAGAAUUUUCUAACUCCUGCUGUGUUAAUAGCUUGCGAGCCCCUGCAUGUAAUUACACACAAGGGAUACAAACUUUUAAAGUAAGAUAACAUCUGAUUGAAAACUAAGCCAUUUUGUUUUCAUGCAGGCUGUGUCAGUCACAACUAGGGGAAGUGUGGCUAGGGCUGCAGAGACAGAAACAAAAGUGAUUUAGCUCCUAAAUGGGAGUGAAUUGAGCAGUGUAACUUCGGAGGCAUGACCUGUACACACAAAAACAUUUCUUUAAGCCAAAGUUAUUUUGGUGACUAUAGUGUCCCUUUAAGACGCAUUCUACUAGAGCCAUUACAACUUCAUGGGCCAAAAGAUCUGCCACCUCGUCGUCUUUCCAUACUGUCAUCAAACACUACAGGCUAGACAUCUAGGCAUCAACGAAAACUUAAUUUGAGUGUGAAGUAUAUUUAUUGUUACAGCACUGCCUUCCUUGUACACUGGUGAUCAGAAAGUGUUUUACAGAAUUAAUGUUUUUGAUAUAUUACAUAACCAUUGAAGAAUGAGUCAGUGAAGUAAUGCUAGUAUUAAAGAAUGGAUCACCAAGCUAAUACCAUUUUAUGCUAUUUGGGUCUGUGUCAACAAAUUUUAAUUCUCUAUAAGAAUGAUAGUGACUGUUGCUUCAAACAAUGUUUUGGAAUAAGUGACAGCAGUGGUAGCCAUAACAGGAUAUGGCAUGAAAUAGUCCAAACAUAAGUUAGGUUACAAUUAAACAAGAUACCAAUGCACUGCUUCUAAGAACAGUGUAAGAUGGGUGAGAUUUGGUUGUGUGGUGUUAAUAUCCUCAUUAACCAACUCUGUGAGUAAUGCUUUUAACAAUGUGUUCUGCUAGCUAAAGGAUUAAGGCCACUGCGUAUAACAAAGACCACCCAUCUUUCGGUGGCCUCAGUGGUUGGAACGAAGGAAAGAGAUGAUGUAAGAACAGACCCUCAGACUUGGUGACAUAUACAGAGAAAAGACUGCAUUUUCAAACAACAGAUGGGUUCUUGUGUAAUUCGAUUUGACAUAGACUGCUCAGCCAUGCAGAAUACCACUGCUCUGCGGUCUCUCUUUUUUUCGUUUGCAAAAACAAGUCCUAACAAUGUAACUCGAUUGAGGUUUCACUUUUGAGCUAGGUAUAGGCAGCCCAAAUUCCAGUUUGGUCACUGUGGAAUGGUGGUGAAAUUGGUUUAAAAUUGGUUCUUGCUCCUAACAUAACACCCCAGAGAGAUAGAGCUGUUAUGAGCAGGGAACAUGAUGCUCUGGUUGGGAUAAUCACAUUGUACUGUGGAAUUCUAAUCGUAUUAUGCUUAUUUUAAUAGCAAGAGUAGUCUGUUAGCUCAGGGUUGACUUAGUUGUCCGGUGGCUCCAUUUUAUUUUCUGCACACUAAGCAGAACCCAAAUACUGUAAGCGGUACUGUUGGUAAUAGAAUCAUUAAACAUAAUAGAUGAGCUUUUACGGUUAGACAGACACAGUGUAGAUGUAAGCACAAUAUAAUCACCUCUCGAUUAGUAUUCCCUGCUGGGUGUUUGGCAUUCUUAUUACUGUUACUUGUGUGCAUUAAUGGCCAUUACUCACUCAAUAAGAUUAUGAUCAUUUGAUAUGUUCUUGUUUAAAAGGUUGUGUCUGGUAGAAUGUUUGUUUGAACAUAGUGGAAUGUGGUGUUAUUUGCGAAUGACAGUAUUUUGUUUAAACAAAGCAAAAAUAUAUCCCUGAUCUGUAAUCAUGUGAUCUGCUUCGUGCCUUCAUCCGAAAUAGAAACUAGAGUUCAAUGCUGUUUUAUGACAAAGGUUUGAAAUUAAAACGGUCAACUUUGUGAAUUAUGCACAACCCAGUAUUUGUUUUUUUUAUGUGCAUCAUCUGUCGGUGUACCGUAAGGGCAUAGGAUGCAGAUACAUUUGACCGUCAUUGUGCUGUGUGUGGGCUCCAUGUGGUGCAUGCAUCCUUGCUGCACGAAUAGCUCUUGCACUCUUAGCUUAUGCCCAAGAGCUCAUGAACAUGCCCUGAGCAUCAUGGAAUUGAUAUGGAUGGAGCUUUGGGUGUUAGUAGACUUGGGCAUUCGUUUUCAGAUGAGUACGCAUUCCUCUGAAUUUCAAACAAUUUUGCCAUACUUCCGUAUGACAAAUUGACGAAUGUAAAACAAUAAACGAAGACUGGAUUGCUUGUUUCUUAUUCAAUUUUGUUCUUUAUUUAUUCGAAUACUUACAAGGACCGAGCUCCCUGCUUCCUCCUUGUAAUUAGAAUUAAUUCUAAAUAGAAGUGGAAAAAUUCAUACACAAGUCUCGUGGUAAGUUGGACUUACUUGUCAGAGGUCUGACUGAAAAGGACUUUUCUUAAUUGUGGUCUUUCACUCAUUUAGUUUCCUAAUUUCUUCGUAUCCUUAUGUAGGAUUGCCUUACGGAUACCAAAUAAGGGGGCUAUCAACUAAACAGCACCCUACUUUGGUACCCUUAGAUAUAGCAAUUCCACAUUACGGUACCAGAUUAGUCAGCUGUCUGUUGAACUGCUUUAAGAUGCAGCCGUAGGUCACCAAAUUUCAUUCCAAAAAUAUUUGCCAAAUUUUUUCCAAUCCAAAUUUUGACCAAACAAAAUUUAUAUCAAAGUGCAUGUCUCAUACGAGCCUCCACUGGGCUUUAUACCAUAUUAAAUCUUUUAACAACAUUUAUUAGGGUGUGAUAUUGAGAAACUGUCACUAUUCAAUAAGUGAUCAUUCCUCUUUAAAUUCAUUUUAUUUAUUCACGCUUUGGUUGUUCAAUAUGGAACUGAUAUUUACAAAAUAUUCAGAAAGCGAUGUUGCUCAUUUUACACCAGCAGGCAAUAAGUGAUAUAAUGUGUUUUGUUUUUUUUUGUUUUUUUUAUAAACAAAACCUAUAUUAACUUAAAGUGGAUCUGUCAAAUUUCUUUACGUACAAAGACCCCGAAAUGAACAAAUGCGUUAAGGGUCCAGUGGCCACUUGGUUCAGUGGAGGUAAGCUUUUAUUAGCCUGAAGCAGUCCUUCCCGUCUGCUGCCAUCUUCAUGUUCUAGGUCCUCUUUGGCUUCUGGUGCGUUAGUUGCCAGGAGCCACGGCAGUGCUGUAUUCUUGCGCAUGCACAAGAGUAAAACACUGACAAACUUCCACAGCUGUGAAUAACGGCUGCUGGGAUUGGAAAAAAGGUUGACAGCGGUGCUCUGCCUUAUUGUCAACCCCAGCCUUUACCAUAAGAUAAAUUAAUUUCACUGAAAUCCAAACACAGUCUUAAUCAGUAUUUCAUAAAGACUCUUUAUGAAAUACUAAAAAGUGACAAAUCCGCGUUAAUGACUUCAACAAUUGGCACCAUUCAUUGGGUGCAUGACAAACCAUAUAGCAUGUACUGUGUAAUGAAUGAAUGCUAUAACAAACAUCGACUUCUAUAUCAGGGCUCUUCAUUGCCCAAAUCUUUUGAGUUAAUUUGAUGCUGUAAUUCUAUGGAACUAAAGGGUUACACUGUAUCUGUAUUUUGGAAUCCACCCAAAUCAGUGUUAUUAUUUGGAACUCUAUCUUUGUGAUUUCUCAGGCUAUAAAUACAAAUUCUGUUUUAAUUUUUUUAUUGAUACUAAAUGUGUCCUCAUUGUCUGCAUACCCUAAGAUGGCCCAUGAUGAUGACUCUUCAAUAAUUGUUUGUAAAAAAACAAAAUAUUUUCCCAAAUCAUUUCCAACACUUUGAUCUCUUGCUGAUCCAUCUGAUAGGCACUUGGAUGAAAUAGUGGACCUAGAAGCUACAGACACAAAGGACACUCAGUUAAACUAUGGAAUCGUCAUUGAUUGUGGCAGCAGUGGCUCUCGGGUCUUCGUGUACUUCUGGCCCCCACAUAAUGGGAAUCCUCAUGAUCUUCUCGACAUUAAACAAAUGCGAGAUCGCAACAGUAAACCAGUGGUGAAGAAGAUCAAACCCGGUAAGUAAUCGUGUGUGUUAUCGAUGAGUCCAUAUUUACUGAUUAUUGUGGACUUAGCAGCUGCAGAAGUUGAUCUAAUGGGAUGUAUACCACGUUAGUGAAUUUUCCAGCAAAUGUAUAAAUUACCAAUUGUGGAGGGCUAACAUGAAACAAACGACGAUCUGUUAUAAAAAAAGAGGUUUUAAGGCAAGACUCGGAAAAGUUAAAUAUUGUCACUGCUGGCAACUUUGUUUGGCAUGGGGCAACGUGGCUUACCUUUAGCUGCCUAAAAAUGGAAAAAAAAUGUUUUAAAUGUUUUUGUUUUUUUUUAAACACAAGUGGUAAUAAUUUCAACUUUUGUAAUCUCAUUUAUCUAUGGAUUUGUUUUCUGCUAAUUCUCCAGAAUUCUUUACUGAUGUCUUGCUCUUUACUGUGAAAUAGUCAUUUGUCAGAUAGUGACUCAUUUUAAUUUGUUGUGAAUUGCCAGUCAGAGAAUUUUUCAGUGAUAUACUGCCCCCUAGUGACCAUUUAGGAAUUUGUCAGCUUUCUAAUUUUGCUUUUAUUGAAUAAAGACACAUUAUUAGAAGCAGCAUAAUGUCUGUAAGUUUUCUAGGUAAUUCGUCCAGUUCUUUAACAGGUCAUUUCUGUUUCUUCCCACAGGUAUCUCUGCAAUGGCUUUAACUCCAGAAAAAGCAAGUGAUUACAUGAACCCACUGUUAAGUUUUGCUGCUUCCUAUAUCCCAAAGGCUAAACACAAAGAAACCCCCCUAUAUAUCCUGUGUACAGCUGGCAUGAGAGUCCUGCCUGAGAGGUGAGAACUUACAGAGAUUUCCUGUCCUCGUUUCUGGUUUGUGUCUUUGUCUGUGUUUUUAUCUUUUAUAGAGACCGAUGCUUCUGUUUGAGUCUAUAGCUGGACUAAAAAUUUCCACUCGGUGAAAAUGUAGCUCUGGAAUUCACCACCAAUGGCUAUGCCACGCACCCUUUUUUUUUAAUUUUAUUUUUUGCUCUGGAAGUUCUAUAAAUGUUUAUGAACUGUAUUUCCUGUGUGACUCUGUGAGCCUCAUGGGGAAUGUACCAUGCCACAUUUAUCCAUCACUUUGAUACAAAACACAUUACUGGGCAGAUUUAUGAGCUCUUAUCUGUAGCCAAAUGCCCUGUUGCCAAGUAGUUCCCAUUCCUUCCUUGUUGACAUGUUUAAUGGAACACUAUAGUGUCAGGAAUACAAGCAUGAAAACAUGUAAUGUUGGUGUGGCAGUGAAGGCAGUUUUAUCUCCCCGGCUCCCCUGUCUGUGAAGUGAAAAGGUGAGUUUACUUAAUUUUUUUUUCCACAUCGUGCCAGUCUUGCCAUGGUAGGCCCUGUUUGGUCCCACCUCUGUGCCUGAGAUCAUCAGUUUUGAUGAUUUCAGCCAAUCCAAUGCUUUCUCAGGCUAAUGCGCUUGCCCAGCAAAACGCCACACUGUGCCAAGCAGCAUCUCCUCAUAGAGAUACAUUGAAUCAGUGCACCUCUUUGGGGAAAGUUCUGCAUCUCCACGCAAAGCAUGGAGACGCUGAACACCACAGGAAGCACCACUGGUGGCUGUUUGAGUGACUGCCCCUAGAAGUAUAAGUAGCCAGCAAUGUAAACACUGCCUCUUUUCUGAAAAAGCAGUGUUUACAGUGCUAAGGUUUCAGGGACAUGAUGCAGACACCACAGUAGUGGUUCUGGUGACUAUAGUGUCCCUUUUAGAGGAAAACUCACAAAAUGAAGGGAGAACUGAUUCUCUUGACGUUGCUCACGGUGCCCCUUUGAUUUGGAUCCUUGCGACUCAGGCUAUUAGUUAUUUUUGAAUAAAUAGAAGAAAUUACUAAUAUCUCCUGUAUGAGAAAUAUUCCCCACAGAGGUGGUCAGUAUGAAUGGUACCUACUCACUCUCGGCACGAAACAGAACAUAGAAUAAAUAAAAUAAGGAAUUUCUCCUCUGUGGUACUAGUAAGUAGAUAGGCUGAUAAAAGGUGAGUGCAACAUAUAACACUUAAAGAGGAAGUGAACACUUGAUAGUGAAGGAUAGGUGUAUAAAUUAUCCAAUUGGUAAACCAGCAGGCUUUAUUUGUGUUGCCUAAAAUGUAUUACCCAUAAAUGAUCCUAUCCAUUUAAUAUUAAAAUAGUGGUAGUAUUUCGGUCGGGAGAUUAGAGUCUCUCAAUUGUCCAAUGUAAAUGAUGAGUACAUCGGUUUAAAAAAGGUAGAUUCCCACGUAACAUACGGUCUAAUUAGACCUAGAGUCUAAUUUCAAACCUUGGUGCUCUAGGGGUAAUAAGGGAGAAUACAACUAAGCUGUUGACUGGCUUAAAGCUACAUCAGAGGGUGUACUGCUGAUCCAACGUUUCAGGAUUCUAAUGUUACACCCCCUGAUGUGGCUUUAAGCCAACAGCUUAGUUGUAGGUGUAUGUGUGUGUGUGCGCAUAUAUAUAUAUAUUUGCUUGGCACUCUCCUUUCAAAGUUAUAACAAAAAAUCUUGCCUAGGUGCUAAUCCACUGCCAUCCAAAAAAUAGAAAGAAACGAAUUCAAGGAUGCACUCACAGGUCUUCAAAUAGGUGAAAAUGGUGUUUUAUUAAUCAAUAGAUUACAUACAGAAAUCGAUCAAUCGACCCGGCAGGUAUUGAUCCUGAGGCAGGUCCUGUUUAGUGGACUGAAAUGUUGGUCAAGAUUUUUUUAAUAUAAACUAAUAAAGACUAGAACCUUUAAAUUCCGUGAGGGCUGCUACCUCUUUGGAUACCUGGAUAACCAAGCCCUGACUUAGCACCCGGCACACAAGGGAUAUUAUAGCGUGAGUGCAAGAAAUUCUUCCUUUUUCUUUAUGUGUGUGUGUGUGUGUGUGUGUGUGUGUGUGUGUGUGUGUGUGUGUGUGUGUGUGUAUGUAAAUUGAGAGAAAACAACAUUUACAAAAGCACCUUUAGUACAUAACAAGACAGGCACUCACAAAUGGACUGCGCAAAAUAAAAAUCCAUUGCCCCUGAUAUAAUCUAGGUUGUAGGCCCAGUAGAUCUUUCCGUUCGCAUAUACAGAAAAUGACUUCUACUAAAGUUCAUAAAAAGGGAGUUAGAAUGUCCUGGGUAAUCUGGAUCAGCUGAAAUUCGCUGGUAAUUCUCUCUAGAAUUAACUUUGAGUACGUUUCGCCUGAAAUUCACUUGACAUUCGUUUGAAUUUCAUCCAAACAGUGGACUUUCUCAAGAGCUAUAAUCCCACCUCUGAGCUUCUCCCUUUUAUACCUCUUCUAAGUGGUUGUAAUUGCACCAGAGACAUUUUUUAUUCCAUAUAUACGUGGCAUUUGGAAUUGAGAGAGGCAGCACCUUUCUUCACAAUUUCUACUUUUGCACAUGAAGUUUUCACUUUGUAGCCGUUAAGAAAUACAGAUUGAUUGUGGUUUGCUGGAUGCCUCUCAGUGGGUUACCUUGUAUUUGUAAUGUUUUGCAGCCAGCAGAAUGCUAUACUCCAAGACCUGGUGAAGAAUGUACCCCAGCAGUUCGACUUCCUUUUCUCAGAGGCACAUGCAGAGGUCAUCUCGGGGAAACAGGAAGGUAUUUAAGGCUAUAAUUUGAUAGAAUGUUGAACACCAUGGAUGCAGCUAUAUAAAUAUCUUAGAAUGUGUUUGCUCUUAAAAUAUGUACUGUUUUUUCUUAUAUUUUAGGUGUUUAUGCAUGGAUCAGUAUUAACUUUGUCCUGGGCCGUUUUGAUCACGUUAUUGAGGGUGAGUAGCAAGUUAAAAAAAAUUACUAUAUAAUUAACAUUGAUCCUUCUCUCUGUUUGAAUAUAUUACUAUUGUAUUCCCUCUAUUUCAGUAGUCAGAAUUCAGAUUUAAGGUUUUAAAAAAAAUUACUAUAUAAUUAACAUUGAUCCUUCUCUCUGUUUGAAUAUAUUACUAUUGUAUUCCCUUUAUUUCAGUAGUCAGAAUUCAGAUUUAAGGGUUUUUUUUUUUUUUCCUUUCUCUUUUAUACUAAACUUUUAAACUUUUCAAUUGUAAGGAAUUGAAAACUGAAUUAAAGAUUUUGAAAACAAAAUCUUCAAUUCUGUUAUAGACACAUUUUGGCUAUUUUGACUUGCAUUACUUAGUUUUCAAUUCACGUGAAUGAGCUGUUUAGUAAAUAAACUACUAAAUGUGAGAGCAUGACGUAAAAAAGAAAUAUCAAUAUUUUUAUUUGUUCAUGUGAUAUAAAGGAUUAACGGAGGACGAACUGUUACUUCUCUAAAAAUCACUUGUGUUAGCCGUUCUUCAUUCUAUGCUAUUUUCUCUGAAUAUUUAUUAAAAUGUGGCAUUUGUCAUUACAAUCCAGUUCAGCCAGAGAACACGUUAGUUUGGAGGUGAAAAAAUAAACAUUGUUUCUAUUCUCUAAUUUUGUGCAGUGGUUCCCAAACUUUUUAGAUUCAAGGCGCCCUUAAUAUUUCAGUAUUUUUCCAAGGCACACCAAGUAAAAAUUUCUAGGAUGCAUAUCUCUACAGCGCUGCCGCAUGUACUGUGGUGUCUGAAGGGGUGCUUGUAUAGUAGUUAUUGUGUUUUUAAUACAGGGGUGUGUCUGCAUGUAAUGUUCUUUUUUUAAAUUAAACAAAUAAAACCUUAGUGGUAUAAGGUAAUACACCAGUAUUUGAUCAGCUCUCUGAACCCCAUAAGUAAGUAGGUUUUAAAGAAUCUCUCAUCAUAUAAUGAGAAGGUGCAAAAUUCAGGAUUAUCGACAGGUCAAGUAGCACUCAAAUGAUCUGCUGCAAACCUACACUGUGAAUAUUAAGGGUUCUCUCAAGUGAUCAAAAACCUGAAAUUUAGCUGUAAGAAAAAUAAGAGGAACUGCCACUUCCUGCUAUUUAUAAUGUGUAUAAUUAUCAUGGUCACAAUACAUAAACGUGCCUAGUUUAAGAGCAAACAGCACUUUUACAAAUUUAGCAAUGCCCUGCUAGCUGUCAGUACGGAGUGCUUCCUGAUUCACGAGGGGUGUGUUUGUAUGUAAUAUUUGUGUUAGAUUGCAGGGGUGUACUUGUAUGUUGUGCUGGUGUUUGACAUAGAUACAUACCAACUUACACAGAUAUUCAUGCACAUUAACACACAGAUGCAUAUAAAUACACCGACACAUAUACACACAUGCACCCUGACACACACACACACACAAACAUUGACACAUUCCCACACCAUGACACAGAUACACACUGACAUAAAAACACACACCUUGACACACAGAUGCAGAUACACAGAUGUGUGCACGCACAAAGACACAGAAACACACAGAGAUGUACACCAUGACAUACACACACUCACACACAUACACACACAAGUGAUUUGUUUUUUUUUUAAAUAUCUCCAGCCACCCUCCUGUUAGCUUACCUUAUGUGCCAGGAGGGUGGCUUGGAGUCCUGCUGGUGGGAGUGAGAGGUCUGGAGCUCUUUGUGCUCCUCUCCCCUCACGCUGCGGUUUCCUCCUCCCCUGCUGCCUCCUUGCAGGAUGCUGGGAUGAUGUAAUUUCCUCCCAACCGCCCGACAUUAAAGGACCGCGGCACCUGACCAGGCCCCUGUUGAGCAUAACACCAGGGGAAAAUUCCAUGGCCCCCCUGUGUGCACCGAUGCGGUGCUGUGGCACAUAGUUUGGAAAAUGCUGGGAUAGAGCUUACACCAAUGAUUGACAGGGAGUAAAUAUUGAGACACUUGGUUCUAGGAUAGAGCAGUGUGGAUUUCUAAAUUUUCAGACUACAAAAACAGAUGUGUUAAAGGAACACUCCAACAUUAAAAAACAAUAUUCAAUUUUAACAUUUCCUUUUCAUCUUUACAUACUAGGUGCCCUCCCCCAACAUAAUAAAGUUUACUAUUUUCUUCAGCGUCGGCUCCUGUUUUUCUGCUACUUAGUGGAGACGCUCUUCCACUGAAAAUGAUGCAUGAAUGGCAAUUGACACAAAUGUAUCAAAUCCUGCUAUCACUCAAGACAAUGCUUCUCAUAGGGAAACAUUAGACUAAUGCAUCCCUGUGGAAGUUCUCACUCAUUAUAGUGUUGUGAAUCAGGAAGCACUCCGUACUGACAGCUAGCAGGACAUUCCUAAAUUUGUAAAAGUGCUGUUUGCUCUUAAACUAGACACGUUUAUGUAUUGUGACCAUGAUAAUUAUACACAUUAUAAAUAGCAGGAAGUGGCAGUUCCUCUAAUUUUUUUUACAGCUAAAUUUCAGGUUUUUGAUCACUCAAGAGAACCCUUAAUAUUCAAAGUGUAGGUUUGCAGCAGAUAAUUUGAGUGCUACUGGAUCUGUCAAUAAUCCUGAAUUUUGCACCUUCUCACUAUAUGAUGAGAGAUUCUUUAAAACCUACUUACUUAUGGGGUUCAGAGAGCUGAUCAAAUACUGGUGUAUUACCUUAUACCACUAAGGUUUUAUUUGUUUAAUUAAAAAAAAAAAAUGGUGUCUAUUACAUGUUCAUUGCUUUAGUCUCCCUUUUUUAUUUGUUAUUAAAUAAAGUUACCCCAUCCCUUACAGUUUUAUGCUAAUAAAUGACAUUAGCAUAAUGAAUAUUGCUCUGUUACUGCUUAGUCACUGAUUCUAAUAACCUGCUUAAUUUGUGUCUCUUUAGAGGAAGACAAUGUUGUUUCCGUGACUGUUGGCACACAAGAAGAGUCCAUCAUUCGCAAGCGCACAGUUGGCAUUAUAGACAUGGGUGGUGGAUCUCUUCAAAUUGCGUAUGAGGUUCCAAAAACAAUGCGUUUCCCUUCUGCAGAAAAUGUAAGAGCUUAAUUUAUUUUUUUGGUAUUUGCAGUUUCUUCCAAACUCUUUCUUUUCUGUGCCUGUAUUUAAAGAUUCAUUUGUAAGGUGUAAACCUGCCAGUACUUCGAACCUGUCCUCAGAACUCACCAUCUGCAGAACUUUAUACAAUCAUUCAAUUAUUUAUUUAUUUUUAUUAGACUAUCCAGCACAUUCUCAAAUUCUAGUCUGGCAUAUCUGUGAACCCUGAACUUGUUAUCAGGCUGCAAUUUCUACAGAUCUCUUACACCAACAGAGGGCAAUUGGAUUCUUGUACCAGCUGGGCCUUCAGAGUCUCAUAGCAGUGCUUAUUCAACCUAUAUUCAAGGUCGCACCAGCUGGGUGAUGCAAUAUUCGGGUGAAAAGCAGAAGGGGGGCGCGCACAGCGCUGCCCCCUUCCUCCCAGUCACUCCAUGUAGCAUGGCCAAGCGGAUCACUUUAGGGGAUCUUCUGUAUCCUUUACCCGGUCUGACAGGAAGCUGCAUGCUGAGAGCAACAAAUAGCUUUUUGUCAGACCGGUACUGGUAGCUGGUCAUUCCUAGGGCGCAAAAUAGUCUAGCACUGGCCUGAUUCAAGGGCCACCAACAACUUAGGUGAUAUUGACAUCAUCAUGAAAGGGCAGUACGGCAAUUCCUAAAGGAUGGAUUGCUGGUGUUUCAGAACCACUGACUCAGAAGAAUCUUUUUCAGAACAUAUUCAUGCCUGACCAGAAUAGCAGGCGUACAGGAUUGCCUUCAUAAGUACAAAUGUGUCUUAUCACGGUCUCAUUAUUUGGACAAAUCAUCCUAUGCUCUCGGAAAGUUGCUCACAGGUGAACCAACAAGAUGUGUUGCUAAGAUGAGGGUUUGACAAUUUACAGCCUUCCAGUUUAUUUUAAUAUUUUGUUGUGUUUUUUAAUUAAUUUUUUUUACUCGUGUAUAGGUUAGACAUGUACGUUUGUACGUUUACCACAACAGCUGUUGCGAACUUGUUCAAGAAACAUAGGAAUACAGUUGUUAGCAUUAGAUGACACUGCACAUUGUAUGUUAAAGUAUAUAUCAAGAGGGUAUGAACUUGUCAUUAACUUACUGCAGUACACAUAUAUACAGUGGUACCUCGGUUUACGUAUGUAAUGCGUUCUCCAGGACGUUUCUUAUUGCAAAAAAUUUGUAACCUGAAACGCGGUUUUCCCAUAGGUCAGAAAAAAAGCCAAAAUGAGCUGGCAUGGGAACCAACCCACAAUGCAGAACACACAGUAAAAGGCAUGCAAACAACGAAGCUCAGCUCCCUACCUUUCCACCGCUUGAGAAAUGCACCCAAAAAGUCCCAAAACAACUGCAAAAAAUUUCCAGAAUGGCUCCAAAACUCGAUGCAAAAGUCGCUCCAACACCUCCACACUCUACGCCACGUGCUACCCAGCGUCCCGCUGGAUUAGCCAAGUUAUUUCAACCGUUUAGGUUCAGUUUAGCAGGAGCUAGCAAGAUACACGUCUGGCCAUCUUGGUUGUCAGGCCCCCUUUCCCCAGUUUAUUUUAUAGUUUUGUAUGACAUCAUCACAAGCUGUAGCAGGAAAAAAACUAUUUUGUUCUAUUCUUCAUUGACAUUUAACCUUAUAUUUUAGGAAGAAGCUGCAAAAGCAAUGCUGGCAGAAUUCAACUUGGGCUGCGACUUGCAACACACAGAGCAUGUCUAUCGUGUGUAUGUCACCACGUUCAUGGGUUUUGGGGGAAAUUUUGCACGACAGCGUUAUGAAGACACUGUGUUCAAUAGUACUGUAACACAAAACCGGUAAGUACUGUGUAGUGAUCAGUGCAGCAAAACAUUUUUUUGUUUUGUUUAUCAUAUAAAUAUGUAGGUAUUGUACUUAGGAAUAUUUCUUCUGAUUUCUGUUUAUGUGUUUACAGUUGUAGUCAAAAUGAUUGUUGUCAAAAUUUACAGACUUUCAGCUGUUUGCUAUGAACAAAUCAAACAAAAGCCAUUGAAAUAGCUCAACACAAUGAAUGCUUCAAGUGGUUUCCCAAAAUUCAACUGAAAAUGCAACUUAUGACUUCUCCAGUCUCCAAAUUAUUCCACCCCUUAUGGCAAGCAUCUUUAGUACUUAGAAGAGGAACCUUUUGCUGUUAUAAACUGCUGUAAACGUGAUGCAUAUCUGGAAGGACCAAUGAUGCCUAAGCUUUAGCUUCCUCACAGAUGGCAUGAUGUUUUUUCCUACUAUUUCCUGAUAAUUCAAUGAAUCCAUCGUGCCUUCCACACGCCGCAGGUUUCCAGUGCAAGAGGAGACAAAGCAGCCCCAGAGCAUCACAGAGCCACCACCAUGCUUAACUGUAGGCAGAGUGUUCUUUUCAGUGUAUGCUUCAUUCUUCUUCCUCCAGAUAUACCUCGGAUCCAUUGGGUCAUAAAUGUCCAGUUUUCUUUCAUUGCUCCACAGAACGGAAUUCCAAAACUUCUAUGGCUUAUCUUUAUGAUCUUGUGCUUUUGGUUCAGUAGUGGUGUCUUGAUGACUUGUAGUGCUGGCAUGGAAACCUACUGCGUUUAGUAUGCCUUACUGUGUUCACUGACACCUCAGUGCCUGUUGCCACCAAGUCUUGUUGCAGGUGUUUUGCAGUCACUCAAGGGUUUUUCACAAGCUGCCUUCUCAUAAAUCUGGUUGCAGUCAUUGAUAGAGUCCUUUUUCUACCUCGUACAGCUAGUGUAACGACAGUUCAUUCAACUUUGAACUUGAGCACUAUUUUUCCAGCAGUGUUUCUAGGAACAUUCAGUGCCUUCGUUAUCUUUGUGUAUCCUGUUCCUUGUUUCUAAAGGGGGCGAUGAACUCUUCUCUUAACUUUGUUGACCAUUCUUUUGACUUAUUUCUAACAUGCAGUCACACGUGACACUCAACAAACCCCUAGCAAGUUCAGGUAUUUCAAGUGUUCCAGCUCAAGCACACCUGGUGCGACUUAUGAAGCCCUUAAUUAGUUGCUGGAUGUGUGUUUGAGACAACACCUGUUUUGCAUAUAUAGUGCUGUUGUGAAGGAUUCUAUUCAGGGGGUUUAAUAAUUUUGUGACUGUAGAAGUCAUUAUAAGUUGCAUUUUCAGUUAAAUCUAGGGAAACCACUUGAAGCAUUCAUUGUGUUGAGCUAUUUCAAUAGCUUUUGUUUGAUUUGUUCAUUUCAAACAGUUGAAAGUCCGUAGAUUUUGACAAUAAACCAGGUUUGUUAUUGGAGAUUUAAUCAUUUUGCUUACAACUGUAUAUGUCUAUAUGUAUCUUCGUUACAGUUCCUCUUCAUUUACCAGUUUUGUGUUCUUGCCUUCUUAGACUGCAUAAGCAACAGCUAGGUUUAAAUCCCAGCACCCCUUAUUUGGAUCCCUGUUUGCCUGUUGGACUCACUGACAAGAUUCACAGACAGGACCUGGACCUUCACAUCGCUGGGAAAGGAGACUGGGACAGCUGCAAACAACUGGUGGAUCCUCUUUUGUUACAGUCCAAUGAUUCCCAAGCCUACCUGAAUGGAGUGUACCAGCCUGCUAUUGAUUUCUUAAACAGCGAAUUCUAUGGCUUUUCCGAAUUGUAUUACAGCACAGAGGACGUAUUGCGUAUUGGGGGCUUGUACAACAGUCGCAAGUUUGCUAAAGCUGCAAAGGUUUGUUACACAAAAAUAUUCUUGUAAGAAAUUAUCUAUACAUUUAAACUUCUUUCUGAUUCUGUCAUUUAUUUAUUUAUUUUAGGAUUAUUGUAGCAUGCCUUGGAAAACAUUAACAGAAAGAUUCAACAACCAUCUGUAUUCCUCUCAUGCCGACAAACAUAGACUAAAGUAAGCUUUAUAUGUUAAAUUCCAAGUAUUGUUCAUUCAGAAACUAUCCUGGUAAAAUAGGAGACUGAGAAGUCAUCUAGUUAUGCAUUUAGGAAUAUAAAUAUAUAAUACAUUGACUUUUAAUUCUACAAAAAAAAGACAAUAAUUUAGGAUGACCUGAAACCAGAUUUCAUUGCGGCAUACUGGUCCGAUACUUUUGGUCAUUUCGGUGCUUCCAAAUUCCAUAAGUAACAUUAGUUUGUAUUUGGUUUUUAUCUUUAAGCAUUAUUCAUUUUUAUUUUGCCAGAUAUCAAUGCUUUAAGUCUGCAUGGGUGUACAAGGUUGUCCACGAUGGAUUUCAUUUUCCUCUUGAUUAUCCAAAUCUUAAGACCGCCCAGCUGGUGUAUGAAAAAGAAGUCCAGUGGACUUUAGGAGCAAUGCUGUACAAAACAAGAUUCCUUCCUCUCAGGUAACAACUAGGGACAACGUUUUACUUCACUUAACGGAAGACAUCUUUGUGUGCAACAUCCGCAUAUCAUAGGGUAAAUACAUCUCUCCUACACGGCAGCUGUAAGUGAUUACAUUUCCACUACACACCUAGAAAGUAAUGGGAAAUUGCAUUUAUACUUUGCUAUUCAGCCAGCUGCCUGGCUUAGGAUCUUAAUACCAAAAAAUACAGGUUUUACUGUUUUAAAAGUAUGUUGUGGUCUCAGGGACUGUCAUGAACAGGUAUCCUCCUGUUAGACUUGAAAGUUAAAUCCCUCCCUUAAAUGGUUUACUGCACCCUACAAGUACUGGUUCGCCCCCUUCAUAUCUCAGUUUUUGCCUGUUCCAUGAGUAUGGCACACAUUGUAGCCGGAUAUAUGCAGCAGGGAUGGGACAUUGCAGGUGGCUAUUUCAGAGGCCCUGCCUCUAGUCAGAAAGGAAUACAGAUGAUGUUUAAUAUUUAUGUGCACAACACAUUUUUUCUUUUUGAUAUCACUCCCAGUGACACUGUGUUUACCAAGAGAUAUAGCAGAUCUCUUACAUGCUCCUUGUUAUACAGAUAUCAGGCUAAAUGACAUCUCAUAUUGUGGAGCUCUCUGUAAUAUAAUGGAGCAGGUAACAGAUCUGUGCCACCAGGGUACCAAUUUCAUUUUUCCUCUCUCCAGAUAAGUAUGUAAUGGGGGAAGGGGAGAGCAGUACCUGCAUGGCCACCCACUAUCGAGUUAUGUGCUUAGUAUGUAUCCAUCAUGCAAUAGUGCUUUAUAAAUUAAUAUAAAAUAUACCGACUCACAUGUACCGUGUUGCCUUUUUCUGUGUCUUGCUUACACUUGCAGUAAGUGAAACCAUGCCUUUUUUGUUUUUGUAGGGAUAUUCGCCAGGAGAAUUCGCGGCCUGCACACGUGACCUGGUUUCGGAUUUCCUUUGUCUAUAACCACUACCUGUUUUUUGUCUGUAUUUUGGUGGUGCUGCUCUCUAUCAUACUGUAUAUCUUGAGGCUCCGGCGCAUACACAGACGCCAAGCCUGGGACUCUGCACUUGACUUGAUGUUGCUGGAGGAAGGAGUGCUUGUUGACCGUAAUUGAACCAACGGUUCCACCGAUGUUGAUGAAGCCACGUAUAGGCAAGCUAAAUGCAGAAAUAUGUAGCGCAAUUCAUGGCUGCAGGCACAGCAGAAUUGAUAAUCUAGAUUUCUGUAAUGUCUGCACAUAUUACCUCUGGGAAACCACUCUUAAGCCAGCACAGCUAAUAGAUUGCACUGUUUCUGGUAUUCUACAACCGUACCUACCAUCCUUAGGAAACCUAUGCCUAACCAACUCCAACAGCUGCAUUUUAGCUGCAGUUAAUUUUUAUAGGAAUUUUUAAAAUUUGACUUGAUAAAAGUAGUUGUCAGGUGUCUAAUAUAUAUUGUAUUGCUCUUUUUAUCUGUUGAAGCGAUUGUCCCAUAGAUGUUUGUUUUACAAUUUCCAUACCCACAUUUCAUAAGAACCAUGUGUGUGUGAAGGCUUUGUGCCAUUUUCAUUGACUGAAUUCUUCUCUAUACAUUCCUCGGAAUGGGAACAUGUCUACUUUGCUAACAUCAUUUUAUAGUGCUAUUCUAGAAAACGCCAGUGUUCGAACACGGAAAAAACUGCACUAUCUCUUUUUAAGGGUGCAAAGUCAAAUGCAAUUUUUUUAAUUAUUUAAUAUUUGAUCAUUUAAAAAAAACGAAAAAAAACAGUGGGAUAUAUUUUAUCAAAAUUAAUCUUGUUUACUAGUCAUAACGGAAUGUGUGUGUGUUUAAGCCAGGAAUACACGGUCCGUUUAAAUUCUUUCAGCUGUUGUCUAAGCAACUUUUAUAUUGUUAUAUACUCUGCAAAAUAUGAACAUGUUGGGCUGAUAUGAAUAGAAACUGCUCCUGCUUGCUGUGUUCCUCUGCUUUUAGCAAUUGAAGCCCUCAAUUUAAUAUUUUUGGAUAAAGUUUUAAAAUUAUUAUUUUUUCUUCAAUUAUUAAAAUAUCAAAAAGGAUAUAUAAAAAUAUAUCACUUAAUUAAAAUAUUUUAUAUUAAUUUAAAAUUAUUUGAAAAACCUAUACAAAAAUAUUGAAUUGAGGCCUAAAUUGUCUCAGCUUUGUGAAGCCAACACAGUGCGCACAUCCAUGUGAUUUGCCCAUUUCUGAAUGACGUAUUAUUCGGUGUAUAUUCGAUCUGUACAUUAAUUAAUGCUGCCCAAAAUACUUGUCUGAAUGUAUGAAUCUGCUGUUCUUUCGAGAACUAUUCGCUUCACUGCCAAAUUCAUUCUGUUCAUUUUCCUGUAUUUAAAUUAAUAUUUAAUUUUACUCUUUAAUCACUUUGUAUUUAGCUGGUUUCUGUAACCUGGUGUAGGGUCACUAUUUAUGGAAACCUGUUUUAGAAAACGCACAUAUGUUCCUUGAGGAAAAAAAUGUGUUCAAUACAUAGAGAGCUAUCACUGCUAUCUAUCCUGACUUUUAGUUUCACCUUAUGAUCUGUAAUACUACAUAUUGUAUAUAACCAUACGUAUAAAACAAAUCAGUAAUAUCAAUAUAAGCUACAGUCUACAUAAAUUAGAUUGCAGACCCUACCUUGCUAUGUGCAAUCACAAUGCCCCUCUCAUGAUUUUAUUCCUUGUUUUUAUAGUACUUUUGAGUGGGGGUCUACCUGUUGGACUCCCUCUUCUAAUCAAUUGUAGAAUUACAAUUCCAGUGGUGCAUAGCCCCCCCUCUCCCCCCAUGCCCUCUUAUUAGAAAGCGGUAAAAUAAUAAUAAACUUCCUUGGAAUUCAGCAUCCUGCACCCACGCCUCCAUCCAACUUCGCCAAGGUCCUCAUUCAGUCCAGAUCAAAUGAUUUUCAUGAAGUAGCAUUUAAUUGGACCAUUUUACAGGCUCAGAGCGCAUGCAUGCCCUCCGAGCCGGGAAAUUUCUAAAUCUUUUUUUAAAGGGAAUACAAAAAUAGGAGUUUGGAGCGAGGGAUGGGAGAGAAGGCUUGUCCUAGCAGAUGCGCUACAUGCAUGUAAUCCUGCAUGCGAGACGAUUGUUACAAGUGUUGCAGCAUCCUGUGUGCGCUGACAACAGAUGUAAUUUUUGCACAGAAUUGACAUUAGGCAGCCUAGAACAUGGUGCCAGCCCCCAGCACACAAGUUAAUGUCUGCAUGUGCUGUGUUCCAAGCCGGAAUGUUCAUGGUGGAACCAUUUAGGCCAUCAUGGGAGCUGUAAUAAUAGAGCUGCUCAGAGAAUCUGUCUUUAAGGCACACCAGGUUUACAGGGUUCAUCAACAAUCUUAUACAUAGAGCAACACUUUCAUCUUGUUAGAGGUCUGCAAAUAUCACUGGCCUUGCAGCUUAUGAAACAGAUUCAUGGCACUUUUGUAUUUAAAGGGCCAACACCAGCUUGGAUCAUAAGCUGCUGCUAUUUCCUUCCUAUCUCUUUUUGUGUAGUGUUGCCAUGGGUUAUGCUUGCUUCUUGCUCCCUCCUGAUGAUGUGGGUGAAUGUGAUAUACACAGUCAAGAAAGCCUCUAUUUAAUCCUGCACAUGGCCAGUGUUUCUGAUGGGAUUUUGGGAUGGUUGAUGGCAUACGCCUAUGAUACUAGCUUUAAUUUUAUGUCCGGGGGAGAGUGGCGUGUGAGUGUAUACAGAACCCAGUAAAUAAUCAAAAUUUUAUAAAAAUCUUUGGGGGGGGAAUUUCCGUUAACACAGAUUCCUCCUCCUUUUUUUGUGUAUUUAUUGCCCUUUAAUUGAACAUUCCACUAAUGUCAGCUCUACCAGCACAUUGAUGUUACAUAUUGUUUUAAAAUCCAGGGCUUUGAAGAAGUCACUCAAGCAAUAACGGUCUUAUAGAAUGUUUAAUCAUCCAAAAGCCCAGAUUUAUCUCUUUUUUGAAAAUAGAAAAAAAAUGGUUGUGUUGCUUUAUAUCAAUGAGAUCCAGUCGUCGUCAACUAAAAGUCCCAUAUCCCUCAGACGGUCUCUAGAAUAAUAUAACUUGUGUAGUAUUUCCUACUGCCUGAAUACGGACCAAAUGAUUUAUGAACACAAACUGUGUGAUAUUUGUAAAAUCUGUGAAUAAUUAUUUUUUUUUUCUCCUAUGAUUACUGAAAAUGGUCGUGUAAGUAAACAAUAAAACAAAUGGAAAAAAAUAAAAAAA